AACCCCUGGCUAUUUCUAUGCCCACCAUCAUUUCUCACAGAUAGGUUGCCUGUGAAGAUUCAGAUCCAGGCUCCUCUUCUCUUCCAUGGCACUAACAGCAGAAUUGCUGUUAAAUGGCCUGCUGGGCUCAACCACACCAUUGAAACACAAGGGAUUGGCAUCAACAAGGACAACCCAGUUUCAACGCAUAAAGUUGUCGACCCAAAUCAGCAGCAUCGCAAAAAGCAUGCAACAGAUGUUAGACACCAGAAUCAUCACCCACGAAGAGAAAGAAAGAACAAGACCAAAGAGAGGUCUGGUUCACCAGCACAAGACCACACGGUUACGAGUUGCAUACCAGGGAAUUCCAGGUGCAUACAGUCAGGUUGCAGCCAAGUUAGCAUGUCUGGACUGCACAACCAUUUCAUGCAAGUUCAUUCUUGAUGCUGUUGAAGCAGUCAUGACUGGACAAGCUGAUCGUGUCAUAGUGCCUGUUGAAAACACAAUGGAGGGUGAAAAGGUCCGUAACUACAAUCUCUUGCUAGAGCAUGGACUGUACAUAACUCAGGAGAUAAAUUUAUUCGUCAACUACUGCUUGGUGGCAAAUCCUGGUGUGAAAAAGGAGGAUGUGAAAAAGGUGAUCAGCCACCCUGUGGCUCUGGCUCAUUGUGGUCAGGGUCUAGCCCGUCUUGGUUUGGAUGCCCCACAAGAGGCAGUUGAUGAUACUGCAGGAGCUGUUGAAUUGCUGCUAUCACAGAACAUGCUUGACACAGCAGCCAUAGCAAGCACACAGGCUGCCAAGCUCUAUGGUCUUCAAGUCCUUGCACAGGGAGUGCAGAAUGAGCCUUGGAAUGUCACUAGGUUCUUGAUACUCUCCAAGAACCUAGAUACAGUAUCAAGGAUAGAAGGGACCAGGAAAACCAGCAUGGUCAUAGCGCACCAAGGUGGUCUGCAGCCAUUGUUUCGAGUACUAUCCGCAUUCUCAUCACGAAGCAUCAAUCUCACAAAGCUGAAAAUCAAGAACUCAAUGAGAAAGCCCAUUAAGAUAUCAGAUCCCAAGGAAGGAGGUACUGUGAAAGAAUUUCAACAUGCUUUCUUUGUUGACCUUGAAGGCUCAAUUGAUGACCAGAAGGUGUUGGAUGCAAUGAUGGAGAUUUCUGUUUUCUCACCAUUCAUACGAGUCAUGGGAUGUUAUGCUGCUGACACUAAAAUAUAUGAUCUUUGAGGAUUGGCCUUGGGCUAUUAGAUCCAGAAAUGCAUGAAUUCACUGGAAGAAAAAAAAAACGCAAAGGCAUAUGUGCCAGGACAUACAUGACAAUAAGGAUGUCCAGAAAAUGUGAAAAGUGCCAAAUGUUUCAUAAAGAGACUAGCCAUUAGUCUUUGUACUUGUCCGUUGUUUUAUGUACAAUCCUAUCAUGAAUUAAGGCUGGUCAUUGUAUUAGGAGACCACAACAAUAAAGCUGUAAAUUUUCUAUGAACGUCAGAACUUGAAAGUUGCUGUUGCAGUUUGUUAAAUCCUAGCAGAAGAUCUUUUCAAGCA